CUGACAGAUGUAAACAAAGACAGCGCAUGGAGACUUUCAGCGCUUAUAACACCGUUUUUACACCAUUUUUACUCUAAUAUAACGCGAAACACGCGAUGGUACAAGAUUUUAACAUUUCACUCUAAAGAAUAAACAUGAAACUAAAGCGUAUCUUAUGACAAAGACGUUAAAAAAGCCUCCGUGAUGUCUGUGUUGAACCUGUCCUUCGCGGCCAGUGGUUUCUUGGGGAUCUACCACCUCGGAGCCGCGGGGGCGUUCCUCCGACAUUGCCCCAGAAUCGCGGCCUCUCCCGGGGCUUGUCCCGCGGCGUGCGCUGGGGCCUCUGCUGGAGCUCUGGCGGCCGCUCUCGUCAUCACUGCUCCCCAGAAACUAGAGGCGGGCAGAGACUUUGUACACUCGUUCGCCCGCAGUGUGAGGAAACAGCCUCUAGGGCCGUACACUCCUGGAUUCAACUUUAUGGAAACACUUCGUGAGGGAAUAGACCGGAUCCUUCCCUCUGACGCUCACACCAAAGCCUCUGAUCGUCUCUAUGUUUCUCUCACUCACGCCAAAACCGGAAAGAACCACAUCGUGUCAAAGUACAACUCCAGAGAAGAGCUCGUCAAGGCUCUUAUGGCGAGCUCUUUUAUCCCAUUUUACGCUGGACUCAAACCUUUAGAAUUCAGAGGAGAGACGUGGGUGGAUGGAGGGUUCUCAGACAGUUUGCCCGUCCUUCCUUUCGGUCGCACCAUCACCGUGUCUCCGUUCCCUGGACUGCACGAUGUGUGUCCCGUCCACAGGGGGCGCUCUCAACGACACCUGCACCUGGCCAACAUGACGGUUAUGGUUUCUCUGGAGACCUUCAAACGUCUGAACCAGUCCUUUUUUCCUCCGACCGAAUCUCAGAUGGACGAGUUUUAUCGAGAAGGAUUCAACGACGCACUGAGAUUUAUGCAGAGAGAAAACUGCCCCAGCUGACCACAGACGAGACCGGGGUUAGACCUGGUUUAGUCCUGGUUUAGACCCAGGUUUAGACCUGGUUUAGUCCUGGUUUAGACCCAGGUUUAGACCUGGGUUUAGACCUGGGGUUAGUACUGGGUUUAGUCCUGAUUUAGAUCUACGUUUGGAUCUAAGUUUAGACCUGGGUUUAGUCCUGGAUUAGAUCUAUGUUUACAUCUAAGUUUAGACCUGGUUUUGACCUGGUUUUAGACCUGGGUUUAGACCUGGGUUUAGACCUGGUUUAGAUCUAGGUUUAGAUCUACGUUUAGACCUGGUUUAGACCUGGUUUAGAUCUAGGUUUAGAUCUAGGUUUAGACCUAGUUUAGACCUGGUUUAGACCUGGUUUAGAUCUAGGUUUAGACCUAGUUUAGACCUGGUUUAGACCUGGUUUAGUACUGGGUUUAGUCCUGGUUUAGAUCGAAGUUUAGAUCUCAGUUCAGGUCUAGUUUAGGCCUGAUUUAGACCUAGUUUAGACCAGGUUUAGACCUGUCUUAGACCUGCUUUAGACCUUUUUAGAUCUGGGUUUAGACCUGGUUUAGAUCUAAGUCUAGAUCAAAGUUUAAACCUGGUUUAGAUCUGAUUUAGGUCUUGUUUAAGACCUUGUUUUAGAUUUAUGUUUAGACCUGUAAACCAUUACAGAGUUUUAAUUAAGAGAUAUGGGAAUUUCAAAGGUUUUAUUAUUAAAAUAAAAAAUAUAUAUAUUGUUUUAAAUGUUCAUGUUUAUUUAUUUUUUGUUGUGUAUGUUUUUUGUGGAAUUAAAAUUCUUCAGUAAAAAAUAAUUUAGGAAACAAACAUAGAGUGGCUUUUUUAAAAAUCGUUGACAGUUUUUAUUAUCUUUAUUUACAAAAAUAGACAACAAUAUAAAACUUUUGCAAAACUGAUCACUUCACACAGUCCUGGUAAAGUUCGUUUGGUCCAAGUUAAAUCCUAUUUCAGUCCCUGGUUUAAUACUGAUGUAUAAGUCCGAGUUUAGUUCUGGUUCAUUCUUGGUGUGCAAAAUAAAAUUGUACUGUGGUCUAUCUUUCUUGUAUCAAAAACACUUACCCCCCCUCCCCUCUCUCCCUCUUCUUUUUUUCCCUCCAUUUUGUUUUCCUCGGGGGAAGAUUCUGAAAAAUGCUCACGUUUCUUCGCUGCAGGAAAUCAAAUUGAAAAUCCCACAAGAAUGAAAAUAUUAAAAACUUCAAAGAAACCAACCAGAGCCCAGAGGAAUGUAAAGAGGAGAGAGGUCCGGGUUUAGACCUGGUUUAGACCCAGGUUUAGUCCAGGCUUAGUCCUUGUUCUAGUCCUGGUUCAGUUCUAGUUUAGACCCGGUUUAGUCUUAGUUCUAUACUUGUUUUAAUAAUAGUUGAGUCCUUUUUCUAGUCCUGGUUUAAUUCUGGUUUAGUCCUUGUUCUAGUCCUGGUUUAGACCUGGUUUAGUCCUGGUUUAGACCUGGUUUAGUCCUGGUUUAGACCUGGUUUAGUUCCUUUGUGUGUAUAUUUGAUUCUGUUCACACAGAGAUGAGGAGGAGAUGAAAGUUGCCAUGAAAUUGAGUUUUUGAACAUUUUUCUUUGAGUUGGAGUAAGAUCUUAUCAGAGUGAGUUUGACGGACGGGAGCAGAGCAGAACUAUAACAAUAUACCGACAAAACUCCAAAAAACAGGUCUAAACCAGGUCAAAACUAGGUCUAA